GAAAGAAAAAGCAGGAAAAUUUUACAAGCUAGCUCGAAUUUCAGUUAAAACCACCAUAGAACACACAGUGUCAAUUUUUUUCAAUUUAAUUUCAUUUUCGUUAAUCAAUUUUUAAAUCCCGCGCAAUUCUCUUCUCGUUCUUCAUGUAGGUCUUAUACUCAAUUUUCUCCCAAUUUUCAUUUUCGCGUUUCUAUGUAACACCCUAAUUCUCUAGAAUUAUCGGUUUCAAUAAAUUCGGUGCCGAUGAAGGAAGAGAAGAAGGCUUUUUCGUCAUUCGUGAAGAAAGGGGGCCGGCAAAUGUUCACGGUGGAGCUCCGGCCGGGUGAAACCACCAUAGUAUCAUGGAAGAAGCUGCUGAAAGACGCUACCAAGCCUAACGGAUCGGCUUCCACCUCUCAACAAUCCCGGCCGGAGCCUUUUCCGGGACAACCUGUCGAGGUUGAGGAAAAUGAUCCAGCUCAGCCACACCGUUUCAGUGCCGUAAUAGAGAAGAUCGAACGCCUUUACAUGGGUAAUGGUAGCAGUGAUGAUGAAGAUCUGCCCGAUGUUCCUGAUGAUGAUCAGUAUGACACUGAAGAUUCUUUUAUAGACGACGCUGAGCUGGAUGAAUAUUUCCAGGUUGAUAAUUCCAAAGUCAAACAUGAUGGGUUCUUUGUAAAUAGGGGGAAAUUGGAACGCACUGAUGAACCUCCUGUAUUACCCAACCAGCAACCAAAGAAAAGGCGCAAAAAAGAUACAGUGAAGAAUCCAGAUGAAAAUAAUAAUGUCCUUGGAUCAAAUAAACAUGUAAAAGUGGGCAAGGUAGAAUCUGGGAAAACAACUUCCAUACAGGCGAAGAAUGUGUGUAAUUCCUCACAGAAUUUGGCUGUACCUGGUGAACAUUAUGAAAACUUGAAACCUCAGAAUCAAUUGGAUAUCUAUGGAAGUAGUUCCAAAAAGAAAACUGCUGAUACUAAGCCAAUAUCGGUCUCUUCUGUCUCUUUGAAAACAUCAAGUGAUGAUUUCCCUGCUGCCACGUCAGAAGCAAAAGAUGCUGAUAAGAAGAUAGGAGCUUUUCAAUCUAAGAACACAAGUGGAUCAUUUGAUGCAACUCACCAGAAGUACCACGAAAAAGGUGCUCAUGCACAAUCCAAAUCCCAACCUGUAAAACCCUCAAAGAGUAUUGAUGGUUUAGAAAAUAUCAGUCGGUCGAAAGAAAAAAAUGGUAGGCGUCAUCAACUGCCGGAUCUUAACCUGUCUGUGGGAAAGCGUACUACCAAAGCAACGAAAUCUGAAUACAUGCACAAGAAAGACGGGUCUAGCGUUAGGCCAAAAUCUUCAAUGCUUGAGAAGGCUCUUGGCGAGUUAGAGAAAAUGGUCGCUGAGUCAAGGCCCCCUGCAGCGGAAAACCCAGAGGCUGAUAAUACAUCCCAGGCAGUCAAAAGGAGAUUGCCCAGAGAAAUAAAGCUAAAGCUUGCUAAAGUUGCUAGACUAGCGGCAAGCCAUGGGAAAGUAUCAAAAGAGUUAAUUAACCGUCUUAUGAGUAUUCUUGGGCACUUGAUGCAACUCAGAACAUUAAAGAGAAACUUAAAAACAAUGAUCAGUAUGGGUCUGUCAGCAAAGCAGGAUGAUGAUGAUAGGUUUCAACGGAUAAAAAAGGAAGUUGUUGAUAUGAUUAAGAUACAGGCCCCAACUUUGGAGUCCAAGCAACAGCAGAAAGCUGGAGCAUCAGGUGAUGUUCAAGAAUUUGGUCCUGACGGAAAACCAAUAACUAAAAGGAAUUUUAGUAUGGACGCUGCAUUGGAAGACAAGAUUUGUGAUCUCUAUGACAUUUUUGUUGAUGGCUUGGAUGAAAAUGCAGGUCCACAAAUCAGAAAGUUGUAUGCCGAGCUUGCAGAAUUAUGGCCAACUGGUUACAUGGACAACCAUGGGAUCAAACGGGGAAUUUGCAGGGCAAAAGAGAGGCGCAGAGCAUCACACUCAAAAAAUAAGGAUCAGGAAAAAAUUAAGAGGAAGAAGUUGUUGGCAUCGAGGCAAGAGGAUAGCGUUCAACUUGAUUCUGGCUCAAUUUCAUCACAGCAGAACCAACAAGAGAAAUUAGCUCCAGAAUCUACCAGCCAUGCUUCUACUUCAACGAACAAGUCCGUAUCUACUACAAGCACAGCUGUCCGGGUCCCCAGUCCCACAAAUGGUGUAAAACAAGAAAAAGCAAAGGGAAGUUCAAGCAGUUCCAUGGACGAUGUCCGUGUUGCUGACGGUGUCUUAACAAAGAAGGCGAAGAGAAAACCAGAACUUGAGUUGGAAGGAGCAAAUUGUGGUCCCGAGAAGCUUGUUCCUUUGCAGGAAGAAGAAAGGCCCAGGUCCCAAAAACAGUCUUCUGGUCUUCCCACCAAAUCAAAUCUUCAGCCAACAUCUCCUCCAGGUCUUGAACAGUCAAGCUAAUUAACAAGAGUGGGAUGUCUGUCAUAGUUUUUUUAAUAGUAAUUUACCCAUCCCCUCUAUUUUGUCUGUCAAAUUGUUUCCUGUUUAUUGUUACUAUUUUGUAAUUAGAUAUCCUUUGAAUGUUAGUCAAGAUUUAGGUAUAGAUAAAGUAGAUUUGUUAGUUGUUAUUAGUGAUAGUGGCAUUGGCAGACGUUUAACAGUCUUAACGCUGCUUCUCUAUGGACGGCGGCACCAUCUAUCACAACCAUUAGAUAUAGUGUUACUUAAUUGUACGAGUAUGAUUUUUCUUUUUACUGGAACAUUCACCUGUAACAUGGAUUAUAAGGUUCAAAUUUGCCAAAUUUCCCUUUUUUUUA